AUGAUUGAUGUGGAUGAUACUAGUAAUUCUUAUCAUGAGCUUGUCAAAGCUUAUUUUUUCACCACACUUGGAAGUGAGGAAAUUGUGGAUAACCAUGAGGAGGAAGAAAAAGAGGCGCAAGUUGAGCACCCAGAGCAAAUUAAGUCCCCAGCAGAUACUAGUCUAUCCAAGGACAAGGAAGUGAGAACUGAAGUUCCUUCCUUCUUCAUAGUCUCUCUUGAGACACAUCAUGAACCUAAAGUUUCAGGGCUUCAAUGUCUCAAAGAGCCAUAUUAUGUCAAGAUCUUCAAGGACUUAUGCACACAAAAAUCUUUGCAGGGUAAGGAUGGUGACGUAAUAGACUGUGUUGAUAUCUAUCAACAACCUGCAUUCAACCAUCCAUUACUCAAGAAUCAUACUAUACAGAUGGAACCCAGUUCCAUUCCAAAUGUAACAAACAGAGCAUUCAACAAUGUCGAGUUUUCACAAGGUUGGCUUGAGAAUGGAGAAUGCCCUGAAGGAACAAUCCCAAUUCGACAAGCUCGAGAAGAUGAAUAUGAUGUACAUCGUGCUAUACCCCCAGUUGCACAUCGGAAAAAGUUUAAUAUCAGCCUUGAUUAUGAUUAUAAUCGUGGUCACGAGUACGCUGUAGUUGAUCUACGUGGUGGCAAUUACUAUGGAGCACAUGCAUCAAUUAACGUAUGGAACCCUGCAACAUAUACUGGGGAAAUUAGCAUUGCUCAAAUAUGGCUUGCAUCCGGUCCUAAGAACCUAAUAAACACCAUUGAAGCUGGAUGGCUGGUUAAUUCCCGUGACAAGCAAACCAGGUUCUUCAUAUACUGGACUCUGUACAUGUGGUUUAAGCGCGAUGGGUACCAAAGAACUGGGUGCUACAAUCUUGAUUGUCCUGGUUUCGUGCAAGUAAACCGUAGAUUUGCAAUUGGUUCUCCCAUUAAGCCUAUCUCAAGCUACAACUCAAAGCAAUAUGAGAUAGGGAUAACCAUAUACAAGAAUAAGGGAAAUUGGUGGCUACGGUUGCAAGAUCAAGUACUUGGAUACUGGCCUCACUUAAUCUACACAUACUUGGCUAGUAGUGCUACCGGAAUUAGCUGGGGUGGAGAGAUUUACAACAAAGGGGAAGGGGGACGUCAUACAUCAACUCAAAUGGGAAGUGGACAUUUUCCGAGUGAAGGCUAUGGAAAAGCAAGUUAUUUUCGCAAUAUUCAAUAUAUGGAUUACACAGGAAAAUUCAAUGACCCUGACCAAGGACUGGUAGCAUAUGCAACAAAACCUUCAUGCUAUAGUAUAAGUGUUUCCAACAAUAAGAAUGGAGGCUAUGGAACCAAUUUCUAUUUUGGGGGUCCUGGGUAUUCACCAAUAUGUCCGUCUUAG